AUGUUUCAUUUCAAAUCGUUCAUUUUGUUGCCCCUGUCCAGCCACACGACGCCGAAUUCCUUGCAGCUGAUCCAACAGUUCGCGGACAACGAGACGAGUUGGAUGUUGGUGAUGGAGGACCUGGUCUACGUCAUCCCACCAGAGCAGCCGCUGGCUCCUGUUGCCGUCAGCGUCAUCGUCGAAGAGUGCUGCGUCCCUUCCAAGGAACUGAUAACGAAACUAAGCGAAACGUUGAAUGUUAACGACCAGGGCAGGGUUCCACCGAAUGUUAAAAUGAACAGGAAGAUGAACAUUUGUAUACUACUAGCUUGCCUGGCUGAAAAAAUGGCCGGGCCACUAAGUGUCAUAUUGCUAUCAGAGAUGAUUCUAUCAUUCUUAUUCCGAUGCAUUAAGGACCAAUCGGACCCUUCCUUGACCUUAUUCGCCCUGAUCGCCCUUGAAAAGUUCACCCUCACAGGCGAAAAUAAAUGCACCAUUUUGGAUCGAUUGAAGGAAGACAACAUCCUGUCAGGCCUGGAAUGCCAUCAUGACAACGAACUGGAUUUUAGGCUCCGGCAGAUUGGAUUUUGUGUCAGGUGGUCUCUUGACAACCUAUGUGAUAACGAACAAAAUAACGCAGAUGCAGCAGCCACAACUACAUCACCAACAGCCGUAGCUACGUCACCAACAACAGCUACUGUAGCUACGUCACUAGCUACGACACCAACAGCAGCUAUAACAGCUACAGCUACGUCACCAACUACAGCUACAACAGCCGUGGCUACAUCACCAGCACGAACAUCAAUACCAACAGCAACAGCACCAACGAUAAACGUCAUUCUAAAUCAUGAUGACGGAUAUGGUAUAGGAGAUGACGAGACCUCGAUAGCCUACGAUGGCUGUCGUCAGCUGAUCUGGUACAAAGCCAAGAGUACCAAGCACACACAACCAUGCUGGAAACCUGGAGACAUAUUGGGCCUACUGUUGAACGUGGACAGCAAGGAGGUCAUCUUCUCCUUAAAUGGUGACUGCCUGCCUCCUAACAAACUUCUUUUCACCCUAGAUACGCCCGGUGGCUACUACGCAGCGGCCAGUUUCAUGUCUUAUCAGCAGUGCAUAUUCAACUUCGGGGCCAGUCCUUUUGUGUACCCUCCAAAGAUAGCGUACAAGAAAUUAAAUGACUAUGGCAUGCUGACACUCCAACAACGGACCAUACUACCUAGACACAUGAAGAUGUCUUACCUGAAGCACAUCUCCAUCUCCGAGGACUCAUGCACGAUCUGCGUCGACCACCAGGCUUGCAUCAAACUUGAGCCAUGCGCGCAUACCGGCUUCUGCGAAAUUUGUGCCGAGGUCCUCGAGAACUGCCCGCUAUGCAGACAGAAGAUUGAAGAUCGCGUCAGGAGUGACGUCAUCAAAGGGGAUGGCGACGCCGUGUCACGUGACCAUUUGUGA